AAUGAGAGAGAGUGGAUGAGGGAGGGAGUGAAAGAGUGAGGCAUUUCCCCUCCUGAUCGUGCGAUAAAUUCACAGCGCGGUCCAGGGACGCCGGUAAUCUCUGCUUCGACAGUCGUUUGCAGCCUCCAGACUGCCAGAAGAGCUUCAAGAUGUGGAAGUUCUCCAUUAGGAUGGUCCCCUCCCUACUUAGUGUUGUCAUCUGCGCCAUCUAUGUGGCUGGGACUGGGGCUUCCGGUACCACUGUGUACACAAUCCCUGGGAAACGUGUCACCUUGCUGUCUGGGAUCACAGCCGGACCGCACAUUGCUGAGGUUGAGUGGAAACGGUCAUCGCCCAGAACCACGUUAGUGCGAUACUCGAAAACCAACACUAAAUAUUUUGAAUCCAUUUACACGGGACGGAUUAAGCUUAAUCUCAGUAACUUCAAUCUGGAAAUCCUGGAUCUAUGGAAAAAUGAUACUGGUGAUUUUGAGGUUAUUUUUACAAAAGAUAAUUCAGGACUUGAAAACAGAAAGCUAAUCCGACUGGAGGUGUACGAGCUGGUGUCAGGAGCAAACAUCGUGGUUCAGAACUGCACUGGGACUUGUAACCUUAAGCUGACCUGCUCCGUGACUUCGGGCGACGCCAUCAGCUUCACGUGGCAGAGGGAAGGAGAAAUUGUGGGGAAUGACAGCACCCAUCAGCUCGGGGGACUCGGAGAGACGCUACUGGUUCGUCAGACAGCAGAGGCUAAGGACGUUCCGUACAACUGUGAGGUCGGAAACCCUCUCAACACAGUGGUGGCAGGUAUCAAACUGGAGCGGCACGCCUGUAAACUGCGCUCAUCCGAUACAGUACCUGAUAAAAUAACAACACCAUGCACAGCAGCACACAGUACAACGAAAACAGAUGGGAAAAUAAAUAAUAUGUCAGGAGACGGUUCAAAGGUAAGAGAGCGGAAUACAGCAAUGCCAUUGGUACCUCAGAAAAUGAGUCUACUGGUCGGACUGGCAGUGAUGGUAACCCUCCUGAUUUCCCUCUCGCUGUGAUUAGCUUCGUCCUGCAGAAGAAAGAAGAGCUGCAGGAAGGGAACCGUCUUCAGGCACCGAGGAUGACUAGA